AGCUGGACUAGGCGAGAGCGUGAGAGCGAGAGCUAUAGCCAUCGGAAAGUGGGGGAGCAGGAGGAGUAGGUGAAAGAGUAGGAGCCGGAGAAGACGUCGAGCACCGCUCCGCUAGUGCACGGUCGAGCGUUGCCCACUACCGGUGUGUCCCGGCAGCGGCUCGUGCUGUGGUGCGUGUGUGUCGGUGUGUGUGUUUACGCUUGUGGGACCCCCCUUCUUUCCUCCCCUCUCCUUAUUACCCUGCCCUCUACAACCCCUAUGUACUCGUCCGAGAAGAAGAAGAAGAAAAACAAGACGGGAAAGUCAAAGAAAUCUAAAAGUUUUGUUGUGGCUUUUUUGAGUGUGUGAGUGCGUGUGUGCCGUGCUGUUCAGUCGGUCCCCCCGCUGAUUACACGCCGCCUCGGGUUUUUAAAUACAAACCCCAUCGCGUCAUUUUUCAAAGCGACAAUUAGAUAACCGAAUCGAAAGAGAAAAACACAAAAACAAAUUUGCCGAAACUUUUUCAACGGCGAGCGCGCACUUUCAGCGUGUUGCGUGUUUGCGUGAGUGUACAUGUGCGAGUGUCCAUCUUAACGGUGCGCUCCGAAAUAGGAUUGCCGACGAGAAAGAGAAAACCGAUUUAAAAAAAACAAAAAUCAAGAGAGAAGAAAAUUCGACGUUUCUCUUCUUCCCCAUUUUGAUCUGUUGUGAUGUAAUACGCCAACGCCCGGCGUAUGUGUGUGAGUGUGCGUGAGUGAACGCGUGUCAUCUGUGUACUUCAGUCCUCACUGGAGACGCUGUCUGACAAGAGAGAGUUGUCAUCGGUGAAAGUUUUCCGAAAUUCGUUGGAGGAGUGUUGGAGCUGUGUUUCUCUUUCCCACCCCUCUUCUGGCUGUUGUUGAUCUGAGGAUCAGUUGGACGACGCGCACAAAAACCCUUUUUACCAAAGAAAAAAAGUUCCCAGGGACAAAACCCCCAGCAUCAAGAUGGCGACGGUGGACGGAAGGCCGGCCCAGUAUGGGAUUUCUCUUAAACAGCUCCGAGAGGUGAUGGAGCUGCGGGGCAGCGAGGCCGUAGAACAAUUGCGUCAUUAUGGCGGAGUCCAGGAGUUGUGCAAAAAACUAUACACCUCACCGACGGAAGGAUUAUCCGGUUCGCCGAAGGACAUCGAACAUCGGCGGGAAACAUUCGGAUCGAACACGAUCCCACCUAAGCCGCCAAAGACCUUCUGGAGAUUGGUGUGGGAAGCGCUGCAAGAUGUCACCCUCAUCAUCCUCGAAGUGGCCGCCAUCGUCUCACUACUUUUAUCUUUCAUUCCUUCCAGUAGCGGCGACGAAGAAAAUGAGCUCGUUCACGAGGAGGACAAGUCUCACGAAUGGAUCGAAGGCCUGGCAAUUCUUAUUUCCGUCAUAGUCGUCGUCUUGGUUACUGCCUUUAAUGAUUACACCAAGGAACGACAAUUCCGCGGACUGCAGAGCCGAAUCGAAGGCGAGCACAAAUUCGCCGUUCUGCGCGGAGGCGAGAGCAGCCAAAUCUUCGUCGGCGAGAUUGUCGUCGGCGACAUUUGCCAAGUGAAAUACGGAGAUUUGCUGCCCGCCGAUGGCAUCCUGAUCCAGAGCAACGAUUUGAAAGUGGACGAGUCGUCACUCACGGGCGAAUCGGAUCAUGUCAAGAAAAGCGAGCUGACGGAUCCCAUGCUUCUCUCCGGUACUCACGUCAUGGAAGGCAGCGGCCGGAUGCUGGUGGCUGCCGUCGGCAUCAACUCCCAGGCUGGCAUCAUUUUCACGCUGCUAGGUGCGGCCGCCGAUCAGCAGGAAGCGGACGCUAAACAACGGAAGAAAGAAGCUAAAAAACAACGGAAGAAGAAGAAAGGAGAUGUAGAGGAAGGCGCUGUUGGCAACAACAGCCACCCGUCAGAUCAUGGAGGGAACAACAUGGCCAGCAAACAGGAAGCCAGAGAAGGAUCCAGCGGACCGUCUGGCGAUGCUCCCAUCAAAGAAGAAAAAUCGGGCCACAAGGAUAAGUCGGUUCUGCAAGCCAAAUUGACAAAACUGGCCAUUCAGAUCGGAUACGCCGGUUCGACCAUCGCUAUCCUGACGGUCAUCAUUUUGAUAACGACCUUUUGCAUCAAAACUUUCGUCUACGAGAACCAGCCGUGGAAAAACGAGUACUUUAACUACUUCGUUAAGUUCCUCAUUAUCGGUGUCACCGUCUUGGUCGUCGCCGUCCCUGAGGGUCUCCCCUUGGCUGUGACUCUUUCGCUGGCCUACUCGGUCAAAAAAAUGAUGUUGGACAACAAUUUGGUGCGGCAUUUGGACGCUUGCGAGACCAUGGGUAACGCCACCGCCAUCUGUUCAGAUAAAACGGGAACUCUGACAACGAACAGAAUGACGGUCGUCGCUUGUUAUGUCGGAGGACAGCAUUACAAAUCCAUCCCGAAGUACGAUUCACUUCCACCGCAGGUGGCCAACCUGGCCAUUCAAGCUAUUUCCAUCAACAGCGCUUAUACCUCGCGUAUUCUGGAUGGAGACUUGCCUAACGAACCCAUCAAGCAGGUUGGCAACAAGACGGAAUGCGCCAUGCUUGGUUUCGUGCUGGAUCUGAAGAAAUCCUACCAGAGCAUUCGUGAUGAGCAUCCGGAAGAGUCCUUCCACCGCGUCUACACCUUCAACUCUAGCCGCAAAUCGAUGAGCACCGUUAUUGCCCGUGAAGGGGGCGGCUACCGCGUUUUCACCAAGGGUGCAUCCGAGAUGGUGCUGAAAAAGUGCGCCUUUAUUUAUGGCGUCGAUGGAAAACUGGAGAAAUUCACUCGUGAGAAUCAAGAUGGGCUAGUGCGAAACGUAAUCGAGCCCAUGGCCUGCGACGGCCUGCGUACCAUCGCCGUUGCUUACCGCGAUUUUGUGCCGGGCAAGGCUGAGAUCAAUCAAGUCCAUUAUGACAACGAACCCAACUGGGAUGACGAGGAUGGAAUCAUCAACAAUCUCACGUGCAUGCUUAUCGUCGGCAUUGAAGAUCCUGUCAGACCUGAGGUCCCAGAAGCUAUUCGACAGUGCCAGAAGGCCGGUAUUACAGUGCGCAUGGUGACGGGAGACAAUGUCAACACGGCUCGAUCCAUCGCCAUCAAGUGCGGCAUUGUCACGCCCGGAAUGGACUAUUUAAUUAUCGAUGGCAAGGAAUUCAACCGACGUAUUCGGGACUCGAAUGGCGAGGUCCAACAACAUUUGCUCGAUCAAGUUUGGCCCAAGCUUCGAGUGUUGGCCCGCUCUUCACCCACCGACAAGUACACCCUGGUCAAGGGAAUUAUUGACAGCAAAAUAUCCGACAACCGGGAAGUAGUGGCCGUGACGGGAGACGGUACAAACGACGGCCCUGCACUUAAGAAAGCCGACGUCGGUUUCGCUAUGGGCAUCGCUGGAACGGAUGUGGCCAAAGAGGCGUCCGACAUUAUCUUGACGGACGAUAACUUCAGCAGCAUUGUCAAGGCUGUCAUGUGGGGUCGCAACGUUUACGACUCCAUCGCCAAGUUCUUGCAGUUCCAGCUGACCGUUAACAUCGUGGCCGUCAUCGUGGCUUUCUUCGGCGCUUGCUUCAUCCAAGAUUCGCCGUUGAAGGCUGUCCAAAUGUUGUGGGUCAACUUGAUCAUGGACACCCUGGCCUCAUUGGCCCUUGCCACCGAAAUGCCCACACCUGACCUGCUUACGCGCAAGCCCUAUGGCCGCACUAAACCUCUCAUCUCACGAACCAUGAUGAAGAACAUUACUGGCCAGGGCAUCUACCAGCUGUCGGUCAUUUUCACUCUCGUCUUCGUCGGUGAGCAAUUAUUUGAUAUCGAUUCGGGCCGAUAUCGGGCCGAUACCAUACCCACCCAGCAUUUCACCAUCAUCUUCAACACUUUUGUGAUGAUGACUCUGUUUAACGAAAUCAACGCUCGUAAGAUUCACGGGCAGCGGAACGUGUUCGCCGGCAUCUUCACGAACCCCAUUUAUUAUUGCAUCUGGAUAGCCACAGCGGCUUCUCAGGUGGUCAUUGUGCAAUUCGGUGGUCAAGCGUUUUCCACUGCCCCCCUCACGAUAGCCCAGUGGGCCUGGUGCGUCUUUUUCGGCGUGGGAACCCUAGUUUGGGGCCAGGUGGUCACCACCGUUCCCACUAGCAAGAUUCCCAAAAUCUUCUCCUGGGGUCGAGGACACCCUGAAGAUAUUUCAGCUGCCAUGGGCGCUCUCACCGAGGAUAGAUUCGAUGCGGAUGGUGAGAAGAAGCGGACGACAGGCCAGAUCCUUUGGAUCCGCGGCCUCACUCGACUUCAGACACAGGUGAUUGGUGGUGAAUUGCAGGAACGUUUGAUUCCGGUUCCCUACAGCAAGAAUACCACAGACCAAGCUAUCCGCGUCGUUAACGCCUUCCGCCAGGGGGUUGAUCCGCGGUUGAUGGAGCGCACCAACCCGGCCCUGGCAGCGGUGCUACAGCGACAAGCAUCCGCGUCUUUGGCGAAACGUUUGUCGCAAGCCUCUUCAAUUGACUACGCUGACGCCCCUGGAGCGACGGGGAUAGGUGAACGCGAGCGAGACUACUUGGCACCCGAAGUGGACAUGGAGCGACUCUCUUCGCGGAGCCACACGGAAACGGCCGUUUGAGGAAACAACAACAAAAAAAAAGACAACAAAAUUAAUAAAUUAAUAAUUCAUGAUCUAAUGCUCUUCGAGGCGGAGAAGAAAAACUAAAAGAAAAAAACCUAAAAAAAAAAUCGAAAUAGGAAUCAAAGAAAUCCAUCCAUCAUAUACUGACUUUCCCUGACUUCCCAGUUCUUAAUUUCUGUUUUUUUUUCUUCUGUUUUUGGAAUUCUCCGGCCCGAGUUCUGUAUGCAUCUGUUAACUCUCUUCCAACUGCCGAAACAUGUUCUCCGACGAUGAAAUUGAUCAGCCCAUACCACUCCAUUUCUUUAAUUCUCUUUGUGUGUUCUUAUUCUACCCGUUUCCCUUCAACGAGAAUGAUGUGCUAUGGUACGCUUACCUUUUUUUCUACCGUGCUAAUAUCCCCCAAUUCUUAGACGUCAAAGGAAAAACAAAUGGAAUGAGGAGCAGAAAAACACCCAAUUUUUACUUUGAAAAUUUAGCAAACAAAAAAUUGGAUUCAACGUCAAUUACUUGUUCAAGUGAAUGCGAUUUUUGUUUUUGGUUCUUACUUUCUCUCAUUAUUAUUUUGUUUUCCUCUGUUCGAUUUUUAUGUGAGUAAAUUCAACUGCUGUUGAAGAGAAAGAAGGUAGUAUAACACAGGAAGUGAUUGCUUAGUUGGGAGGGGGAGAUAUUAAGAAACCCAGUUGCCGUGUCAUCAGAUUUCUACGACCCUCUUUAAUUGAAAAAAAAAUACGCAGAGAGUUUGCAACCUUCUCGCCGAUGUCCGUCUAUUUAGAAAUAAUUCUGCAAUUUAAAGAAACCUCUUCGAUGUCCUCCUUAUAUAUGAUUUUGAAUUUCUCUAUAUCCCCCACCUUGCUUUUUCGUUUGUUAUAUUUUACUUAUUGGGUUGAGUGGAGACACUUUUUCAUUUCUUUACUUGUAUCAUAUGAAAAAACCCCUUUUUCGAGUAUUACCGUGUGUUUGCGUGUGCGUUCUCUACACUUCCCAUUCCUCUCCGACCUUGGUACACUUCAUUUUCAUCAUUUUGUUGGUUUGGGAAAUCUUUCGUUUCGCUGUAAUCUUCCUUUUGUUUUGUUUUCUUUCCUCCCUCUCUUUCUAUCUUUCCCUCACAGUGUGCUUUUUGUAAUGUACGUAAGUGUGCUACUUAUAUUUCCUCCUUCGUUUUCUUUUUCACCUCUUUUUACUUGUUUUAUUUCUUUCUUUUUUUUCGAAUUCAGAAUUAUUAAAGUGUGUAUCUCCCUCUCCAUCUCCCGAAAAAAAAUCUCCCUCUCUUAGUUUAAAAUUGCCACCCUUUUGAACUCUUUUUAUCAUCUUUUUUUUUCUUCCGUGUCUUUUUUCCAUGAGGGAUGUUUCGAUUGGUUUCCAGACGCGAGGUCCUUAUAUACAUAGUAAACGAGAGAACAAAGCCAUAGUCUUACGUUGUCAACUCUGUUUCAAAUACUAUUUGAUACGAAUCGGUUCUCAUUAGUUCCUCGAUAUGUUUCGUCGGUUUCUUUUCUUACGUCCUCAUUUUUCCUUUGAUUCUUGAUCGAAAUCUUUUCUACAAGACCGAGAGAAAGAAGCAAUGACGAAGACCCACCUAUAACUCUGACUCCCUCUCCCCUUCUCCCCUCUAAAUUUAUUGACCUACAAAUUUCUUUUUUAUGUUUCACUGCCAAUUUUCCACGAAUUGCCCGAAUGCAUGUGUAAUUUGUCUGUUUUCAGGAGUUUAAACAAGCGAGUGAAAGAGAUAUUGAAAAAAAGAGAAUUUAACUUGGGUUAAAAACGAUUGUGAAUGAGAGUGAAAUGUAAAACGUUCUGAUGUGGGGGUGGUGCCUUGUUUCACCGAUCACCCCGUUCUGCAAAGUCGCCCUUUUUUCUUUUUUUUUUGGGGGGGGGGGGGGGGGGGGGGUUGAGGAUACUUUCUCCAGUGAGUUUCAGGACGACUCUUUUCUGUUCUCUUUGAUAUCACCAUUUCUCUCUAAUCCCGACCUCUUUAGUUUAGAACAAGUUUCAAUUGGAAUUUCAUUUCCUCACACUGCCUCUCAUUCAGUUGGUUGUUAGAGUGGAAUCGUGGAGACAGAAAUGAAGCUUACAAACACCGUGUUGCCGGUAGGACAUAGAAGCAAUAGUUGUGUUAGGGGGGUGACGCCCGUGUAUGAGGAGAAUAGAAAAGAAAAAAGAAAAAAAGCGGAAAAUUCAUUCUGGUCGUCUUAUCCAACGCGGUUGUGUGCGCUAUUGCUACUCUCCGUUUGGUUAUUAAUUAUUUAUGUAGAUUUUUAUUUCUUUUUACUGAAAGAAUGGCGUGAAAUAACCCAUUGGGGGUUCCCUAUUUUUAAAGUUGUUAUUAAUGAGAGUUAAAGAAACACACACAUAAAUAAUCUAUGUGAAAGCGGCGCCUGAUUUUUCUUUCUUGCAUAUAAUUUGACAUUUUUAAAAAUUAUUAUUUUUAUUAUUAAUUCCCCCUACCCAUCCGUGAAUCCAUGAUAGGAUAAUUUUUCGUUGAAUUCAUUAGACAGAAGCAUUUUAAAAAAAAGAGAGGCAUGGACAUUUUCACAUUGAACACUAUGUAAUACCUGCUCGGAUGGCCAAUUUGAACAAAAAAUGUUGCGUCACAUCGAGCGUUAUGAAAUAGAAAAACAAGAACUCGCGUGCGUGCGUGUGUGUUAAUUUUCCCUGUUCUUCUCUCCUGCUGUUUUUUUUAUUAUUAUUUUGUUUUAUUUUAUUUUUAUUUCGUGGUUUUCACCGUUGGCGAAGAAUCCAUAAAAAAGUUAUGCAUUGUAAUUGCUGUUGAAUAGCCAAGUAUUUCUUUUCAAAACAAUUUUUUUUUUCAAACUUCUCGUUACAUACUUUUAUUGUUGGUGGAAAGAAUAUUUGCGAAGCAAAAAUGUGUUUCUGCUCCUCCCUCCUUUCAUCCCACACCACUUCUGAAAGUGUUACUGAUUAACUAUAUGAUUAUGGAUUUUAAAAAACUAAAAAAAAAAAAGAGAAGAGUGUGUUGUUUUUUCCACCCCUUCUUUUUCAUUACAAGAAGUCAAGAAAAAAAAGAAUUGUUUGUUAUAAGCGAAGAAAUUUUUACAAGUGUUGUUGACGUAGCGUUUUAUCUUAUGGUUAUUAUCUUUAUAUAGUUGCGCUCCAAAGGGUUCAUCGUUUUUCAUGACACACACACACACAAAAGGAAGACUGUUUUUUCUAAGUCACGUCGUCCUCUCUUGUCUUUUUUCUCUCUCUAUCUAUCUAUCUAACUAUCCAUCUCUAAACUUUCUCUCUCUCUGUAGCUUGUGGUAGCCAACGGUUGUUUGUUUUCUUCUCGAUUCCUUCCCAAUUUUAACGACUGACCCCCCCCCAUCCCCUCUGAUCCCCUCCUCCUGGAAAAGAAAAAAAAAUACUUAAAUCUCUCUAUUAGAGAAAAAACCGGAAGUUAUUCUUGAUUCCACGACUCCAAUCUUUCCAUUAAAGGUGUAAAUGUGCCAGUGCAUUAUGUCAUAAUUUUAGUAAAGGGGGGGGGGGGGUGAUGACAUUUGUCCCUGGCGGAGAAAAAAAAGGAAAUGGGGAUGAAAUACGAGUCUGUGUCUCUUCGCAUCCUUCACACUUGUUUUCCCGUCAUUUGAUUUUACUUUUACUUUUAAGUUGGACGUGUCCAUUAUCUUUUUUCCUCCUAUUUCUAUGGCUGUCAUUCUUUCCAUCUUUUCUGGCUAGUUUUCUUUGAUUUGAUUUUAGGUUCAUUCGACAACAACAAACAAAAUAUGACUCUCCGCAGCUGAACUUAUAUAUUCCCGGAAUUAUUAUUAUUUUUCAUUUUUUCUUGAAACUUAAAAAAAAGGUUCCCUUCCAUUUCCCGCUGAUGAUGAUUGUUUGACAACCAAAAACAUGAUGCCCUCUAUAGCCCUUGUAUCGAUUAUGCAGCCACGCGUAAUUCGCAAGUCUAAUGGAUAGAAGAGAGGAGCGUGAUUUCUUUUGAUUAUGAGGUUUGAGUUCCGAGUGGUCUUCUUUUGAUUUCCUUCAUUUCCCCGUCGACCCUUUGUCUCUCUCUUUUCUCUCUCACUCUUUUUCUAUCCAAUUUUUAAAUAUCUUAUCUUCGUAUAUUUCUCCUUGUACAAAUAAAACUUUGAGCUCUUG